AUGUCCAUCUUGCUCAAAUCCCUCACUCUGCUCUCCCUCUUCUUCACCUGCUGUCUCACUCAACCUUCUCUGUUUGGAAACUCUAGGGUUACAAAAACCCCACUCAUAGCUAUCUACAAUGGAGGUGAUGAUACAGAGAAUAGAGGUGGGUGGGAAUUGGUUUCAGAUAAUGCAGGUGUAUCAGCCAUGCACAUGACCAUAAUGCCUAACACUAACAAGGCUAUUAUGUUUGAUGCUGCUGGAUUUGGUCCAUCUGGGAUCUCCUUUCCUCCUGGAGAUUGCCGUCCGGUUUUCAACGAAAGGGACGAAAAUGAAGAUCACUAUGAACUGGAUUGCUGGGCUCAUGCUGUAGAGUUUGAUAUUGACACUGCAGAUAUUAGACCACUUAAGAUUUUGACAGAUACAUGGAGCUCAUGUGGUGGAUUAUCAGCUAAUGGUACCCUUGUCCAAACUGGUGGAUGGGGUGAUGGAGGGAGGUCUGUGAGAUACCUCUCUGGAUGCAAAGCUUGUGACUGGGAGGAGCACCCCAUGUCACUUUCUGCCUCAAGAUGGUUCUCCACACAACAUAUUUUGCCAAAUGGCGAUUUCAUAGUGAUCGGAGGUCGUCGCAUGUUCAGUUACGAGUAUGUCCCCAAGGUGGAAAGUUCCAAUCAAAUGUACUUCCUAUUACCAUUUCUCCAAGAAACCACUGACCCGGUAGAGAACAAUCUCUACCCAUUUGUUUUUCUUUCCACGGAUGGUAAUAUUUUCAUCUUCGCUAAUAACCGUUCGAUCUUACUCAAUCCAACCACCAAUAAGAUCAUUCGCGAACUGCCUGUCCUUGAUGGUGGGUCCCGAAACUACCCUUCAUCAGGCAUGGCGGCGUUGCUACCUAUAAAGCUCAGCGUCAACGACCCAAACUCGAAUGUGAUUCGAGCUGAAAUCUUGAUCUGCGGCGGAGCGGAUACUAGGGCGGGAAAAUUAGUUGAGAAGGGUAUAUUUGUAACUGCACUGCAAGACUGUGGAAGGAUUGAUAUAACAAACCCGAAAGCCACGUGGCAGAAGGAGAUGAUGCCAACGCCAAGGACUAUGGGAGAUAUGCUGAUCCUUCCCACUGUUGACAUCCUCAUGAUCAAUGGGGCCAAAAAGGGCACAUCCGGGUGGAACUUCGCCGAGGAUCCGAACUCGACCCCGCUGCUUUAUAAACCCGAUAACCCGGAAACCCAACGGUUCAUGGAGCUAAAGGCAACGACCAUACCACGAAUGUAUGGUUCAACCUCCAUGGUAAUGCCAGAUGGAAACAUCUUAGUGGCUGGGAGCAAUACAAAUUACUAUUACAAUUUCACAGGAGUAAAAUAUCCAACUGAACUUCGGGUCGAGAAGUUUUACCCACCAUACUUUGACCCGUUACUCGUUUUUGCCCGCCCCACAAUUGUAUCCGAUUACAAGGGUAUACUGGUAAAAUACCAAAGUAAUUUUGUGAUUGAGUUCAAGUUGAAGAAAUAUAAGGUGAACCAAUUAGAUUUGAAGGUGACCAUGUAUGCACCGCCCUUCACAACACAUGGUUUUUCAAUGGGUCAAAGGCUUUUGGUAUUGGGCAUAAAGGGGUUGGAAAAUGUGGGGUUGGGAUUGUUCCAAGUUGAGGUUGUGGCGCCACCAACGGCCAAGAUUGCUCCCCCAGGUUUCUAUUUGGUCUUUGUUGUGCACAAUGGAAUUCCAAGCUCUGGGAUAUGGCUGCAAAUUGCAUAGAGGAAUUUUAUACAGUUUGAAUUAUUU